GGGAGCCCAGGUAGAGGAAGGACAGGUGGAGCCAGGCAGAGGCAGAGGCGCUCUCCACAGAGAACCUCUGCACUGUCUGGGUCGCUGGGAAUUUGAGUCCUCUCACUGGCGAGUGCUCACCGACUGGAGAGUGGAGGCCUCGCCCUUGGUGGGACCAGGCGACUUCGUCGGUCCGGUUUGAGUUGUAUUUAGGAUUUCAGGACUCAGCAUGCAAGCACUCAGUGCUAGGGCAGGUGCCGGGUCCUGCACACGAGAAGGAACUCGCGGGUCUGUGGUCACCGUGAGAUUGCCUUCUGCCCUAGGCAUGGACGAUACAGGUGACCAGAGCAUUGAGGAUGCACCCGAAGCUAUCAGCCCCCUGAGGAAAGAGCUCGGGCAGACCUGGGGGAUCCGGAGAACCACGAUCACACAGCAGGAGGGCGCUGGGGACACCGCAGGGGACCCUGCCUGGCAGCAGCCACACAGCCUCUCCCUGCAGCACAGCAGUUGGCCAAAGCACGCUGAGCAGGAUGGAGAGCUGAGCACAGCCUGGCGGCAAGGAGGACGGGCUGUGUCCCUUGAGGACUCCAGAGAGCCGGUAUCCUGGCCAGCGACACCUGUGCGGAGCGCCUCGGGAGGGCACAGCGAGAGCAGCACUGAGGCGAAGAGCUGGCCUGGUCCCCGGUGUGUGAAGGAGCACCCCGCCUCUUCUAAAGAGGCCAGAGGACGGGAUGAGCAGGGUGCCGCCUCCCACAGCGACGGCAAUGGCGUCACUUUGGAGGGACUUCAGAGUCGCCUUCCAAGAAAGCCAGAGCAAGAACCAGCAGAAGUGGGGCUGAGGGGCGUACGCAGCCGCCUGAGGAAGCAGCGUCAGGGGGAAGACCCCAGCAACACCGUGGAGGUGGAGGCCGGAAGUGCUGGCCACAAUGCGCCACCCUGCAGGCUGGACACCGACAGCGAGGCUGCCCGGAGCGCUGUGAACCAGGCCGCAGAAGAUGGCAGAAAGCGCAAAUCGGAGGCCACAGUGGUUCAGGGACCUAAAGACAAAGACCCCGGGGACCUGGAAAGACCUCAGCCUGAGGGUGAGGGCUAUGACCCCAGUGCCCUGCACUGCAUCUGCUGCCCGCCUCACAGCAACAGGUGGAGGAUCAGCAGUGACCGCCGUGAGGGAUGGGUCCACGGCGACCGUGUGGGCGUUUCUGAGGCGCCAGGGCAGCUCUGGGGGAGGAACGGCGACAAUUGCCUCUGCCCGGACUGCACCACCCUGCAAGCACGGGGCAGGAGGACCGCAGACACCCCCGGUGAGCAGGAGCCUGGACGCAGGCCCGGAGGCUCCGACGACGACGCGGAGCACGAGGGCAGAGGGACGCGCGAGCAGAAGCCUGGGGCUGGCCAGGGCAGCCAGGGUAGAACUGAGGACACCCCAAGCCACAGCGGCGAGGAGACCGAGAGGACGUCCCCGCCUGUCACAGUGGCUCCUGGCACCGUGCCCUGCGCGGGCCCUGGGUGCUCCCAUGUGGCGCAGCCUGACACAGUGUACUGCAGCAAGGACUGCAUUCUCAAGCACGCGGCAGCUGCUAUGCGACUGCUAAGUGCACAGAAAGGACACAAACCGAAGCCUAAAAGGAAGGUCAAGAUGAAGCCAGAAGAGCUCCGUCUCCCAAAACCUAGCGUGCAGGCAGGGAUUACAGUGUGCUCUGUGCACAAGAGGCCAGCUCCAGAGGAAACUGAAAACCCAGCGAAGAAGGUGAUGGCGACCCCUUCUAGGGGGAACGAGAUGGGGAAAGAGGCGGCCGGCGAGAGCAGCACACCCUCCUGGGCCCGCGACCACAAGGCCAGCGCCAUGGUGCCAGAGAAGACUGCUGCUCCCUCCCCCCCACACUGGGGUAAAUCCCCGAAGGACCACAAGAGAGUGGACAGAGCAGUGGGUGCAGCCUCAGCCCCAGAGAACACAGCACUUCCGGGCUCCUCGGCAUGCAGACAACCUCCAUCCAGAAGUCUCCUUCCGAAGAAGCCUCAUCCUUUCGCCAACAUGGCAGGAGCCAAUCCAGCCAUUAAAAAGUCACCUUCGGGCUUCAGGGGCCCCAUCCCCAAGAGGCCCUGGCUCUGGGAGGCCCCAGCAGGCAUCUCAGCAGCCAGGCAGGAGGGACCAAUGCCGGUUCCUCUGGCGAGGGAGUCCAAACAGCCGCCGUGCUCUGCAGUUCUGCCUGGAGCUGAGAGGAGACCGGGGGUGACUUCAGUCCCCACAGCUUCUGCAGCCCCUGGACGCCUCAAGGUGGCGAGUCCCGCCCUGUCACAGCCAGAGUCCCGAAUUCACCCAAAUACAAGUGAAAGUGGUGACUCAGGCAUGACUGAAAGCGAGGCCGGAAGAGCCACCCUCCACCUUGAGAAGGAGAUGUUUAGCUUGUCCCAAGUUACAUAUAGUCGCCACAGGAGGAAGUGCCGCAGCAUCACUUUCCACCUCGAGGAUCCCGGACAUCAGCAGAAAUCAGUACGCACUGUCCAUGUGCCAAGCACAGCGCCUCUCCCUGCUGCCCCUAGCAGCAGAUUGAAGGAUUUGACGAUUCAGCACCGGGCUCACCUCUUUGAUCUAAGUUGUAAAGUUUGUACAGUGUUUCCUGUGGUCUUGUUUUGCAGCAUUUACGAGUCACGUGGCCCCCGAAUAGCAGACCCGACCGUGUCUGCGUCUCACCUCAGCAGCCCUUGGAAAGGCCUCAUUAACAUGCAGAGUGUAGGCAAAUUUGUCACUAAGGCGUAUCCUGCCUCUGGGAGCUCUGCUUGUCUCAGCGAGGACUUGCCAGAUACAAUUCACAUCGGUGGGAGGAUCGCUCCGAAGAUAGUGUGGGAUUAUGUCGGCAAGCUCCAGUCUUCCGUGUCCAAGGAGCUCUAUCUGAUCUGCUUUCAGCCUGCGACGCAGGAGGAAGAGGGCGUCUACAUGUCUCUCUACUCCUAUCUCAGCAGCUGUGGCCGCUUUGGGGUCGUAGCUAACACCAACAGGGGAGUCAAGGACCUCUACCUGAUCCCACUGAGUGCCGAGGACCCUGUGCCACCUGCUCUCUUGCCCUUUGUGGGUCCAGGUGAGUGCCCGCCUUCUGGGAGGUCAUUAGACACGUCUGUCCACGUGGCCUCCCCAUGGACAAGGAGGCCUGGUCUCCGAAGAGCUCCCGCUGCCGCUGGGCAGAGCUCUCGGAACUCCCAGUGCCGCUCGUGCUGCCCCGAUCCAGCUGGGCUCCUCUGGAAAGCUGUGCCCACCACACCACCCCGUGCCCGUGGCCCUGCGGGAAGACUCCACAUUGGACUCAGCUUGAAGAGGGUGGCGCCGCCGCUGGCCCAGAGUGCCCCACACCCAUGCAACAAGCUUGCUCCGGGGCAGGCAUGUGUGUCUCUGACUUCACUCUGCAACCACGUCCUGGAGCUGAUCGGGUGCGAUAGUGAAUCUGGGAGCCGGGAAGGACGGGUACAGAUGUGUGUCCAGUCGGUGCCAUUUGUCGCCUUUGUGGAUUCAGGCAGCUGCCACCACCCUCACACAGCCGCCUGUCUCCAGGGAAACUUCCGCGCCCUGGUUCGCCACCCGUCCCACACGGCUGUCUUUCGAGCCACUGACACACGGGAUCUGAGGCUGCUUUCCAGACACGGAGAGGGCUGUCGUCCCACGCUGGGGAGACUGAGCAUCAGGAACCCAGGCGGACGCAGAGGGGGCCUGGCAGGAAGGGGACAGGCCGAGGAGAAGACAGAGGGGGCUGGCACUGAGGUGUGCCUGCUGGGGCGGGCUGGAAAGACGGGUGGGCUUCGGCUGUCCUCAGGGAAGGCUGCCCCGCCUUCCCCUGGACACCACUGCUCCUCCUCGGUUGGAGAGGAGUUUGUGGGCGUGGCCUCGGGCGUGGUCACGGAGGGGCGUGGUUUCCUGCAGGGCCGCUGA